AUGUAUUACUUUCAAGCCAAUGCAGUUAGGAAAUAUGGAAACCUGAAUCUCGAAUCUGCAAGGCGAUAUGUCAUCCACGAAAUUAGGAGUGUGAAGAAGGCGUUUGGAGGUGGUCAUUGGCUCAUCUUCCCAUUGAGAACUGAGCAUAUCAUGCUUCUCACAGCUCAAGAGCAAAUGGGUGAAGCUAUGCGCGAGGCGGAGGAAUUGGAAAAUGACCUGAGAGAAAGCCUUGGUGGCUCGCAUCCCCUACGCCUGCAUACGGCAACAACCCUCGCCAGUCUUUACACAAAACAAUAUCGCUGGGAAGACGCUGUGGGCAUCCUCCAGGCUACAAGGAGAGCCUUAGUUCAGGCCCUUGGUAAAGAUCACAUGCUGGCUGUGAGGGCAGUUGGCUUGCUAGCCAUGAUGCUCAUGAACCAAGGAAAAUACGAGGAAGCAGACGCUGAAUUUGGCUCCCUUUCAAAGCUUGCAGAGAUGAGCGAAACGACCCGCGAAAUGUACAGGAGAGAGGCAGGUAUGCAUCAAUGUACACUGCUCGAGAUGGAGGGAAACUUCCAUGAAGCCAAGGCAAUCAGGGUUACGACAGUGCAUACGAAUGGUUUGUCAUCCGAAAUUCCCAAGCUCCUGAAGAACACCAACCAAGGCUGGUAUGCCUUCAGGCGUGAAGACUUCACACUAGCCGAAUCUUUGCUGGCAGAAGUAAUGAAGAAGGCAAAUGAUCUACUCAAGACGGACAACCCACCAGAACAUAGUCAACUCUUGAACAUUUCGAUGAUAUCAAAGCGAAACCUUGCUCUGGUAAUUCGUUGCCACCAUCGCUACGAAGCAGCGGAGUCUCUGCAGCGGGAAUUGCUGAUAGAACGAGAUAGACACGAGAAUCAGACCAGCUUGGAGACCCUGAACGCGAUGUUCGAUCUCGCUCAUACUCUUCAGAUACAGGAAAGAUGGGCGGAGGCAGAACAUUUCUUUACCAAAGUCAAGAUCGAUCGAGUACAAUUGUUUGGACAGAUGCAUAGGGAGGAUACUUUACUUUGUAGUCAGAGGCUAUGGAAGUUGCUCAGUUGGAAUAUCGUACAUUGGUUGAAUGCUACUGUCAAAGCUCCCUUUUCUGAGGAAGCGCUGACACAGAUGAUUGCUAUGAGUCGAACACUUGGGGACUUCUAUGAGGAUUCGAAUGCUGCAGAAGAUGAAGACAAUGGCGAAGAGGAGGAGGGCGGACACAAGCCUCCGGAACGAGCUAUAGAUAUGCUUUGA